AUGGAAGAUAUCUACUUGGAUUUAGUUGGAGAAACCAAGUCCAUUCUAUUCAGUUUACCAGGUAAUUUGAAUCAAUCAACGAUCCAGUCUGAUCAUCAACUCACGGCCACGGAGAAUGCUGCAAGGUCUACAAUAAGGGCACCUCCUAUUUCUUUACCUACAUUUUCAGGUUCACACAAGGAUUGGGUCACUUUUAAUGACUAUUUCACUUCCUUAAUUAUAAAUCAUAAUAAUUUUGAUGAUUAUCAUACAUUACACAAUUUAAAAUCUUGUCUUGAUGGAGAGGCAGCUAAAUUACUUAGUGAUGUACCGGUCACUGCUACGGGUUUCCAAACGGCUUGGAGCAAAUUAAAAAAUCGUCAUUCAAAUAAGCGUUGUAUUUUAAAUACUCACUUAACGAAUUUAUUUUCAAUUAAGUCUAUAGCGAAUUCAUCUCCAGGAAGUUUGAGUAAAUUACUUGAUUCUGCGAUUGAAUCGAUACAAGCAAUGCAUUGUUAG